CCUCUCUUUUCUUCCGGGGUUUGGUGGUGCAGCUCCAGCGUCAGCUGCUCCCGACGGCGUCACGAAGCGGAGGCGAAGCUUUCCCACGGUCGAGUUUCGUUCUUGGAGCGGAAGAUCCGCUGUCCCCCCACAGCCCCACUCCCUCCUCGGGUCGGAAGGAAAAAAUUGAGGGAUUCUUGUUGGCUGAAAUAGAUUCGCCUUUCGAUCCCGAUUUACGAUUCGAACGGAUUUCUGUUUUGUCUCUCGAGCUUUGUGCGCUGGGAGAACUCGAGGAAGUGCUGCUGUUGCUGUUGUUGCUGCUGCUGCUCUUCCAAGACAGAAGCGGGUCCGAUUCAUGCAUGGUGCGGAGGCGUGGUUUGCGUGGGUUUUUUUGCUGAUAAGAAUCACAUGAAAUACACAGUAAUGUACAUUUGAUUUAGGACAUGAAAAAAGGAACAUUGGUGAUACUUCUAUGGAAAAUGUGCUGCAGUAGGCUGAGAUGGCAAUGAACCAUUAUUCUUUGAGAAAAAGAGGCAUUUUUAUGCUGAAACUUAUUUGUUUUGCUCUGACAGUAUUCAUUUUCUGUGAAUUUUUAAUUUAUUAUGUAGUUAUAAUUCAAUGUCAUUGGCCGGAAUUGAAAAAUCAGACUCUGGGGACUAACAAACAGAAUUCACGUUCUGUCUUGAAAACCAUCUUUUUAUCAGAUCCUCAUUUGCUUGGUAGAGUCAAUGGACAUUGGUUGGACAAGCUAAGGAGGGAAUGGCAAAUGGAGAGGGCCUUCCAAACUGCCCUAUGGCUUCUGCAGCCAGAAAUAGUCUUUAUUCUGGGCGAUAUCUUUGAUGAAGGGAAAUGGAGCUCUUCCCAGGCCUGGUCAGAUGAUGUAAGGCGCUAUCAAAAAAUAUUUUGGCAUCCAAAACACACAGAAGUAUUUGGUAUUGUUGGCAAUCAUGACAUUGGCUUUCAUUAUGAGAUGACAUCAUUCAAGUUAGAACGUUUCUCUAAAGUUUUCAACUUCUCUUCAGAAAAAAUAAUAACUCGGAAAGGGAUAAACUUUCUUAUAGUGAACAGUGUUGCUCUUGAAGGCGACAGGUGUAUAAUUUGCAGAACAGCAGAAGCCAAACUCAUUGAACUUUCUCACCAACUGAAUUGCUCAUUGAAGGAACAAAAUCAACAUAAAAAAAGCUGUAGUAAUGUAGAUAAGGUCCCAACCUCGGCUCCAAUUCUAUUGCAGCAUUAUCCUCUUUAUAGAAGAAGUGACUCAGAAUGUACAGGAGAAGAUUCUGUUCCCCUGGAGAAAAAGUAUGAUCGCUUCAGAGAGAAAUAUGAUGUGCUUUCUCAGGAAGCUUCCCAGAAGCUAUUGUGGUGGUUUCAUCCUCGAUUGAUUCUGAGUGGCCAUACCCAUAGUGCCUGUGAAGUGCUUCAUAAUGUUAACAUUCAGGAAAUCAGUGUUCCAUCAUUCAGUUGGAGGAACAGAAACAAUCCUAGUUUCAUAAUGGGCAGCAUAACAUCAACAGAGGUCUCGCUCUACAAGUGCUUUCUUCCAUAUGAGAACACAGUAAUAGCCAUUUACUGUACAGCAGGAUCUGUGCUGAUGGUCCUCAUUCUAGCUCACUUUCAGCCCCUUCUUUCCCCUUACCAUUUUGUUCAGCGUUUAAUCACUAAGUAUAAAGCACUAUGAAAAGUCAGACACUUGGAAUCAGUCACUGACACACCAAAGCUAAAGAACAAUCCAUCAGACUACAUUCAUGCCAGCAAAUGCGUACUUGAAUUGCUAGCCCAAAGGCAAACUGCUCUUACAGACAGAAAGCUCUAGACAGUUGAUAGGACUUUUUUUUUUCUUUACUACAGGAUAAAGUAACUGCUUCAUGCUGUACAAAAAUAUUGUAAUCUACAAUGAAACGAAUGGUUUUCUUGCUAAAGUUUUUUUGUAUCAAAUAUGUAUAUUAAAAGUUUGUAACUGUA